AUGGACCAAGACUCAUAUGACACAGCAGGCAGAGAGCUCUUGGAAGCUGGAAGCAGGAUUACUCCCUUCUGUGCCACAGCUCCAUCUGAGGAAAAACAAAAUCAACCCAAUGCUGAAAUUUCAUGUCAAGUGAGCAAAGAAAAAACAGGAAAAGAUGUUCUUCAAGAUUCCAAUACAUCCCAAGGUUCCCAUUCUUCAAUGACCACUAAGGAGCUUCAGGAAUACUGGAAGAAAGAAAAGUGCCAGUGCAGACAAGUCAGUCUUGUUUUUGAAAUCCCAUCAACCAGAAUUGUAGAGCACCACUUAUCUAAAUAUGUGAUGUAUAAAAUCAUCAUUCUGCAAACAGGAAGUUUUGACUGCAACAAAUCUAUAAUUGAACGGCGCUAUUCAGACUUUGAGAAAUUGCACAGAAAACUUCUGGAGGACUUCAGUGAAGAAAUGGAAGACGUGACCUUCCCCAAAAAAACUCUGACUGGGAACUUCACAGAAGAAAUAAUCAAUGAGAGGAAAUUAGCCUUUAAGGACUACCUGAGACUUCUAUAUUCUAUGAGAUAUAUCCGAAGAUCAAAAAAAUUUAUUGACUUUUUAACAAGGCCAGAGCUUGAGGAAGCAUACGGUUGCCUGCGGGGUGGCCAGUACACCAAAGCUUUGGAAAUUCUGUUAGAAGUCAUCGGUCUGCAGGAACGGCUAAUGAGAGGCAACCCUGUGUCGGUUGUGCCCACUCUGUGUGCCAUCGUGGUGUGUCACAAGGACCUGGAAAACCCAGCGAGUGCCUUUGAGUAUGGAGAGGAGGCUCUGCUACGUCUUCGUGUGCACACCAGUCACAGGUAUUACAUCCCCUUGUUGGAAACGAUGAUCGCUUUGGCAUACGAACUCGGCAAGGAUUUUCUGGCAUUGCAAGAGAAACUGGAAGAACUGAAGGCAAAAAAACACCCAGUAAAAAUUUUUACCCUGAAAGAACUUGCAGUUCGGGAGUAUGUGCAGUGAACCCAAGAAAGGAUUUGGCUUUCAUUAAGGAAUAAAGCCAUCAGCUCCUCAUCCUGAACACAAGUCCUGACAGAGGAAGAACUGAAAAUCACGUGUUUGCAUAACAGAACUUUAUACUUAGUAAAACUUAAAGAAAAUAUCUUCGAUAUCUAAAUGGGACACUAACAUUUAUGUUGGACAAUAUUGUAUUUGCCCUAUAGACAGAAGCCACACC